GUGGAGGGCGCCACUUGAACCUCCUUCGUCGUUUCAGUCUGUCUCUUGUGUGGUUUCUCCGCUGUUUCGAAAGUUUGCUGUCAUUUUUCGGAGUUUCGUCAUCGCUUCACAUGAUUUCGUGAAAAAUGGAUUGAAACGUAAUCUCAAGGCGAAACUCAUUUGAAAUAUCGUCGUUCCACCUAUUUGUCGUUAGUAAAGCUCCUAAUCGAUACGCGUUUCAUCGACAGUGUCGCAGAGGUUUCCGCGGACAACUUCUGCCUCCAGAAGGUGGUGCAAAACGAUGUACGAGGAACCAGUACGCAAAUCACGGUGGUAAAGAUGCGAGACUUCGAUCGAGUCGCGUGUGCUCCCGUGCCAGCGUAGCAGAGGAAUUAGCGCGGCCCGGCGACGAUGCGAGAUAACUCCAAAGAGAUGUUCAUUAUCAGAGCUUUGGAAAAGAUCCUGGCUGACCGGGAUGUCAAACGGUCGCACCUCUCUCAGCUCAGAAAAUCCUGCGAGACUGCACUUGAUAACUUGAGAAAUGAAAUCAAAGAAGGCUCAGGUACUCAAUUAUCAACCGCUUUGCCACAGCCUCGCAGUGAUUCAUAUGUUAUCUCUGCAGAAAAGUAUUUUCUGCCCUUUGAAUUGGCCUGUCAAAGCAAGUCACCAAGAAUCGUGGUCACUGCUCUGGAUUGUCUACAAAAGUUAAUUGCCUAUGGACACCUUACGGGAAAUGUACCUGAUUCUACAGAGCCAAAUAAGCUGCUCAUUGUACGCAUUGUUGAAACAAUAUGUGGAUGUUUCAUGGGGCCACAGACGGACGAAGGAGUCCAAUUGCAGAUUAUAAAAGCCCUUCUCACAGUUAUGACCAGUCAACAUGUGGAAGUUCAUGAGGGUACUGUGUUGCUCACCAUACGCACGGUAUACAGUGUUUAUCUGGCCUCAAGGAAUCUGGUUAAUCAAACUACAGCUCGAGCUACGCUCACUCAGAUGAUUAAUGUUAUUUUUGCACGUAUGGAAACGCAGGCAGAAGAAGAGACCGUCCGGAACGAGGUAGAUCAAGCCGAAACCACCAAUGUAAACUCCACUAACUGCACUUCUGGAGAGCUUGAAACCGAAACAGUAAACCACGAAGAACCAUCAGUGGAGAGCAGUCAAGAAUCACAGUUAAUAGUGAGAGGAAUUUUAGAGGAUGUAGUAAAUUCUAUUAUUCCCGAAGAUUCGACGAAUAUAACUACUGUAACGUCAGAGGAGGCUAGCUUAGAUCAAGUGCCUAUAGAUGAGAAUUCCGACGAGGCGGUUGCAGAGAGCGAUAAUAUGGUCAGGGCGAAGUUCACUCAUGUGCUACAGAAGGACGCUUUUUUGGUUUUCAGAGCACUUUGCAAACUUUCCAUGAAACCACUUCCUGAUGGCACUCCAGAUCCCAAGUCCCACCAGCUCAGGUCGAAGAUCCUUUCCUUACAAUUGCUUCUGGGUAUCCUGCAAAAUGCUGGGCCAGUAUUGCGUUCCAAUGAAAUGUUUGUCAUAGCCAUAAAACAGUACCUCUGUGUAGCACUCUCGAAAAACGGUGUCUCUUCCGUUCCCGAGGUGUUUGAAUUAUCUCUAGCAUUGUUUCUUGCACUGCUGGCUCGCUUCAAAAUGCAUUUAAAAAUGCAGAUAGAGGUUUUCUUCAAGGAGAUUUUUAUGAAUAUCCUCGAGACUUCUAGCAGUUCUUUUGAACACAAAUGGAUGGUGAUUCACGCUUUGACUCGUAUUUGUGCGGAUGCACAGAGUGUCGUGGAUAUCUAUGUGAACUACGACUGUGACUUAUCAGCUGCGAAUCUGUUUGAAAGGCUUGUGAAUGACUUAUCAAAGAUAGCACAAGGUAGACAAGCACUAGAAUUAGGUGCAUCACCCAAUCAAGAGAAAUCAAUGAGGAUCAGAGGUCUUGAAUGUUUAGUAUCCAUCUUGAAGUGUAUGGUUGAGUGGAGCAGAGAUCUGUAUGUGAACCCUAGUGUUCCAGCUGAUCAGCAAUUCCCAUCUGAGCCCCCUGAUCCUCCAGUGGAACCUCCCCUGCCUCGUUAUGGAAGUGCUGGUAGUCUAUCCUCAGCGAACUCUAGUUUAGUAGGAAACAAGGAGAUCCCGGAUUCUCCUGAACAAUAUGAGGUCCAGAAACAACAAAAAGAAGUGUGGGAGACUGGCAUCGAUAUUUUUAAUCGAAAGCCAAGCAAGGGAGUACAAUAUCUUCAAGAACAAAGUCUUCUAGGUAAUUCGUCUGAAGAUGUUGCCCGUUGGCUUCAUAUGGACGAGCGACUCGAUAAGACCGCGAUCGGCGAUUUUCUCGGCGACCAUAAUCACAAUCAGGUGAUGUACAGCUAUAUUGAUCAAAUGAAUUUUGCCGACCGCGAUUUAGUUACAGCCCUUAGAUACUUUCUCGAGGGCUUUCGGUUGCCUGGGGAGGCGCAGAAGAUUGAUCGAUUAAUGGAGAAGUUUGCUAGUCGAUAUUGUGAAUGUAAUCCAAAUAAUGGGUUAUUCACAAGUGCGGACACCGCAUAUGUAUUGGGCUUUUCGAUCAUUAUGUUGACUACCGAUCUACACUCGCCUCAAGUGAAAAAUAAAAUGACCAAAGAGCAAUAUAUCAAGCUAAACCGACGCAUUAGUGAUAACGAGGAUCUCCCUGAAGAGUACUUAUCGAAAAUUUAUGACGAGAUUGCCGGUAAUGAAAUUAAGAUGAAAUCCAAUCCUAAUCGACCUGGCAAGCAAGUGAUAUCUAGCGAAAAGAAACGACGGCUUUUAUGGAACAUGGAGAUGGAAGUAAUCUCGACAGCAGCGAAAAAUCUAAUGGAAUCUGUCAGUCACGUUCAAGCACCGUUCACCACGGCUAAACACCUGGAACACGUUCGACCUAUGUUUAAAAUGGCGUGGACACCAUUUUUAGCCGCAUUCAGUGUCGGUCUUCAAGACUGCGAUGAUCCAGAAAUUGCUUCCCUUUGUCUAGAUGGUAUUAGAUGCGCAAUACGCAUUGCUUGCAUAUUUCAUAUGACGUUAGAACGGGACGCGUAUGUGCAAGCCUUAGCACGGUUUACUUUAUUGACUGCGAAUUCACCGAUCACUGAAAUGAAGGCGAAGAACAUCGAUACGAUCAAAACUUUGAUUACUGUAGCUCACACUGAUGGUAAUUAUCUUGGCAGCUCUUGGUUGGAUGUUGUUAAAUGUAUCUCUCAACUCGAGCUUGCCCAAUUAAUUGGAACUGGAGUCAGACCUCAGCUCUUGGGUCCACCUUCGAAGCCGCAUUUCCCUUCACCAUUAGUAAACUUCAACCUAACACAUAACAACUUGCAUCAGAACAAUAAUUUGAAUCUCAGCUCGUUGGACCCAAGCGUAAAGGAAUCAAUAGGAGAGACAAGUUCUCAAAGCGUGGUGGUAGCUGUCGAUCGAAUAUUCACCGGUUCCACUAGACUAGAUGGUGACGCCAUUGUAGAAUUCGUGAAAGCUCUCUGUCAAGUCUCUCUGGAAGAAUUAUCACACCCAACGCAGCCGCGGAUGUUCUCUUUAACCAAGAUCGUAGAAAUUUCUUAUUAUAACAUGGGACGUAUCAGACUUCAGUGGUCCAGGAUUUGGCAAGUGAUAGGAGAUCACUUUGAUAGAGUUGGUUGCAGUCCUCGCCAGGAUAUCGCUUUUUUUGCAGUCGAUUCUUUGAGACAACUUGCGACUAAGUUCAUAGAGAAGGGGGAAUUCGCUAAUUUCCGGUUUCAAAAGGAUUUCCUCAGACCGUUUGAGCAUAUCAUGAAAAAGAAUCGAUCACCAGUGAUUAGGGACAUGGUGGUCCGUUGUGUCGCGCAAAUUGUACACUCACAGGCUCCUAAUAUUCGAUCAGGAUGGAAAAAUAUAUUCAGUGUAUUCCACCAUGCAGCUAGCGACAGAGAUGAAGCUGUUGUUGAGCUAGCAUUUUCUAUGACUGGGAAGAUUAUAAAUGAAUUGUAUGCUGAAGAUUUCAGUAUCAUGGUAGAUUCCUUUCAAGACGCCGUAAAGUGCCUCAGUGAAUUUGCUUGCAACGCCUCCUUCCCCGAGACGAGUAUGGAGGCCAUAAGAUUGAUACGUUCUUGCGCGUCAUAUAUCGACGCCAAUCCAAAUCUCUUCGCGGAGGGCAUGAUGGAUGAUAGUGGAAUGGUGUCUGAAGAAGAUAGAGCUUGGGUUAGAGGAUGGUUCCCGCUGUUGUUCGAGUUAUCGUGUAUAGUGAGUAGGUGUAAGUUGGAUGUUCGAACACGAGCGCUGACCGUUCUUUUCGACGUCGUGAAAACACAUGGAGCUUCUUUUAAACCCCAUUGGUGGAAAGAUCUCUUCCAAGUCCUGUUCAGAAUCUUUGACAAUAUGAAACUUCCUGAACAACAUACAGAGAAAGCAGAAUGGAUGACAACAACGUGUAACCACGCUCUGUACGCAAUCGUCGAUGUGUUCUCACAAUUCUACGACACUUUGGGGCCUCUUCUACUAGAGCAGCUGUACUCUCAACUGCUCUGGUGCGUGCAACAGGACAACGAGCAGUUGGCACGUUCGGGAACCAACUGCCUAGAGAACUUGGUGAUCAGCAAUGGUAUCAAGUUCGACGAGCAAACUUGGGAGAAGACCUGUAGUUGUGUCCUCGAUAUCUUCGAGAGCACCCUGCCAUCCGCCUUACUCACUUGGAAACCUCAGUCGCCUAAUAAGGAAUCUGACCUAGAUGUAAUCACAGGAGAUGCAGACAGCCAUAUGGGGAUCCUCAAAAGAAGCAAUAGCUCUCAAAGUUUAACAAACGGCGAGACCGCGAAAAACAAAGUUUUCUCCGCAUUAUUAAUUAAAUGUGUGGUGCAGUUGGAGCUGAUUCAAACAAUAGACAACAUUGUGUUCUACCCAGCUACGUCCAGGAAGGAAGACCAGGAGAAUCUAGCAUUGGCACAGGCGGACAUGUUUAAUGGGAAGUCCUCUGAAUUGGGUGUAAGAGCUGGUGCAGACCAACAGAAGGAGGAACAGGGCAUGUACUGUGCUCUGACUACUACGCAUCUAUUACAGUUAGUCGAAUGUUUGUUGAAAUCCCAUAGAUUCGCGAAGAGUUUCAAUUCCAACCAUGAACAACGGAAUGCGCUGUGGAAAGCUGGUUUCCGAGGCAACGUGAAACCAAAUUUGCUUAAACAAGAAACACAGUCAUUAGCCUGUGCAUUGAGAAUCCUCUUUAAGAUGUAUAGUGAUGAAGCCCACAGAGCUGACUGGAGCAAAGUGGAAACCAGGCUUGUUGAAGUGGCUUGUGAAGCACUGGAAUAUUUCCUAGCACUUUCCAACGAAGCUCACCGAGAUGCUUGGACUCCGAUAUUGUUGUUGCUUCUCACGAGGAUCCUAAAGAUGAGCGACAAUCGGUUUGCAGUCCACGCAUCUAGCUGUUACCCAUUACUUUGUGAGGUUAUGUGCUUUGAUCUCAAACCGGAAUUAAGGUCCGUGUUGCGGAGAUUCUUCCUGAGAAUUGGUCCGGUAUUCAGGAUCACGCAGCAGUAGUAAUGAGUCUUUAUAAAGAGUGAGAUUAUACAAUUUUUUGGUUCAUUUUAAAGAUUAUAGAAGAAAUUCUUGCAAUUUGAAUUGGUCGUAGUUGGUAAAUAUGGAAAAUUCCAUGGAGUUAAGUUUAAAUUGCUUUUUUUAGAUUAUUAGGAUAGGACAUGAACAGUAUCGUACAAGUUUCUAUGCUACUAUAAAAAUUUACAUUUGAAUACUUUAUGUGGUAUCUUCUUUUAUCUUUAAUUUGCAAGUAGCUAUGACUUAUACUUCUUGCAAGAAUUUCUCCUGCAUAUAUUGUAAUGCGAAUUGAAAUGAAAUAGUUUAAUUGAAAUAUUUUCUCUCAAGAAAUAAAAGAAGAAUUAUUAAAUACGGGAACUGUUCGAUAUUUAAGACAGGAUGACAAAGUAAAAUACGUUUUAGUAAAAUCCUAAAGGCAAAGCAUAAUAUGUAUGUACUGUAUAUGUUCAGAACCUCCUUCGUAUUUAACAUAUUCUUCAUUUUUAUAAGAAAGAGGAAACUUCGAGUGAGGAGUUUUGUAGUCCUGAUACAAUAUGUGUGCAGAGUAUUUAAUAAAUAGAGUAUUUUCUGGAUAUAACAUGAUGUGUUAUAUGUGUUUGAAAAGAAGACACUGAUAAUAGUAGAUUUAUGUUUAAGUAAAUUGUUUACAUUUAAAUUCACAUUUAAUUAUCUUAUGCACCAUUUUGAUAUAAUUUUCUUAAAUCUGAAUUAUUUUAUUAUAAUUGAAAAUUAUAUAAAACAUUCCAAAUUGUGAAUUAAUUGUGAUUAUUUAAUUGAACAGGGUAGAAGGUGAUUAACAAAUGUUAAUAGAGGAAGAAAAUGUGUUUAUAAAAUUAUAGGCUUAACAUAAUGUUAUACAAAUGGGGAAUUUCUUUGUAUACUUGGUAUGAGAUAGAUAAGGAUAAAAUUUCCUUAUUACCAGGAAAUGCACUAUUUAUCAAAUGUUUUGUAUAUUCAGUUAUUGUAAACUGCAUAUAAAGUGUCUCCUGAAGUAUACUGUAUCAUAGGAAGAAAUAGAUCUUUGAGUGAAAAAUCAGAUGAUUUCUGAUAUUUUUAUAGAAUUGAUUAGUAACUUUGUAACUCUUAAAUAAUUUAAAAAUUCUAUGACCAGAUAGCCAAGUAGAAUCCUUAAUAUCUUGUUUUUCACUUGGAAAUCUUAUUUACAGUAAAUCUUUUAAGGCACUUCUUGUAUAUUUACACAAAAUAUUUAGGAAAUGAUGGUAUAAGCAAGAAAUGCCAGAUACUUAAUAAAAACUAAAUCAAACGCAU